AUCCCAGGAUGCCGCGGGACUGUAGAGCUUCACAAACAGUGCACUCCUCCAGUAUCCCAGGAUGCCGCGGGACUGUAGGACUUCUCCUGCCGCCGCCGCAGUGAGCUCUUUGUGAAGAUGGCGGGCGGUGGGUGCGUGCAGCAGGAGCGGCACCGGCCCGGGGCCUUCAAACAGAGCAACAAGGCGCACAAAGCCGGCAGGCACCGCACCAAGGGCAGCCUGGAGCGGGAGCAGAGAGGCAGAGUGAGUGUGAAAGUGAGCACCAAGAAGCUGAAGAAGCAGCUGAGGAGACACGAUCGGCGGCACCAUGCAACUCAGAUCCGCCAGCAGAGGAGGGAAGCAGUGCUCGCGGAGAAGAGGAGUCUGGGCACAAAAGAGGGUCCCCCCCAUCUGGUGGGUGUCAUCGUCUUGCACUCUGGUACAAGUGGCGCAGAUGUCAUGAGACUAAUUCGGAGUGACGAGACCUCAAGUGUGUAUGACCUCAACAGAAGUGGUGAACAAUUUGGCUUGAUUUGCCCCAGGUUCAAACAGAGAUUCAGCUUCAUCCGAGUAAAUUCAGGUGAUAUCCAUGCUGUCCUUGACCUUGCCAAAGUGGUGGACACGCUGAUGUUGGUGCUGGAUCCACAUGAGGGAUGGGACAGUUAUGGUGACUUCUGCCUCUCCUGCCUGUUUGCACAGGGCCUCCCAAGUCAUGUGUUUGUGGUUCAAGGAAUCAAUGACCUUCCUGUCAAGAAGCGAACAGAUGCUAAAAGGAGUUUGACCAAGAUUUUCGAGAGACGUUUUCUUGAUGCGAAACUCUUUCACAUGGACACGGAGCAGGAUGCUGCACUGAUUGUCAGACACAUUGCAAUGCAGAAACAGCGACACCUUGCUUUCCGAGAUCACCGCUCCUACUUAUUGGCUCAGCAAGUGACGUUUGAGGCCGAUGCUGGAAAUGGGCUGGUGGGGACACUGAAGGUGUCUGGUUAUAUCCGGGGGCAGCCGCUGAAUGUAAACAGGCUGGUUCACAUUGUAGGACACGGAGAUUUCCAGAUGCAGCAAAUUGAUGGUUCACCUGACCCCAUGCCCCUGAACCCCAAGACUACAAAGAAAAGAGAGGGCCUGACGGUCAUAGCAGCUCAUGGGGCGGAAGGAAGCUCUUCAUCUCCCUGUUUUAUUUCCUGUUUGGUUCUUCAGUCUGUAAUAAAACAGAAAUGCUGGAAAUACUCAGAAGGUUACACAGAAUCUCAAGAGAGAAACAAAGAUCCCUGUGCUGAGAUGGAAGAGGACCUGAAAGUUCUGAUGAAAGCAGAUUCUAGAAAGCAGGAAUCGCUUGAAUCGGAAGUUGUUCCUGAUCCGAUGGAGGGAGAGCAGACUUGGCCCACAGACGAAGAGCUGCAGGAGGCUGAGGAUACUCUGAAUUCAAGCAGGAAGAUUGUUCGGAAAGUUCCGAAAGGUACCUCUGAUUAUCAGGCCACCUGGAUUCUGGAUGAUGAGGGAGAUGAGGAGGAAAGUGACGAAGAUAUGGAGAAAGAUGAGAUAAUGGGUGAGACGGUGUCACAGGCCAGCGGAGAAAGUGAUUGUGAGGAAGAGGCUGAUGAGGAAUGUGAAACCAUGACGGUUCCAGAAAGCAUUCGCGAUGAUAAUUAUGAUGAGAAGGUGGAUGAAGAGGAGGAGAUGAUGAUGCUGGAAAAGUGCAAGCAGGAGCGAAUGGAUGAAAUGUUCCCCGAUGAGGUAGACACACCGAAGGAUGUAGCUGCUCGAGUCAGGUUUCAGAAGUAUCGGGGGCUGAAGAGUUUCCGCACUUCACCCUGGGACCCCAAGGAGAACUUGCCGCGGGAUUAUGCCAGAAUAUUCCAGUUCCAGAAUUAUACCCGGACAAAGAGGAGAAUCUACAGGGAGACUGAAGAGGAGGUGGAAGGUGCAAUGCCAGGCUGGUAUGUUACUGUACACAUUGGCAGCGUGCCUGUGUCACUGAUGGACAGUCUCGACCCAGAGGUUCCCCUGGCCCUCUUCACCCUGCUGCCGCACGAACACAAGAUGUCAGUGAUGCAUUUCCUGCUCAGGAGGCACGCAAACAACACUGAGCCCAUCAAGUCGAAAGAGGAGAUGGUGUUCCACUGUGGCUGCAGAAGAUUUCGGGCUCCACCUCUAUAUUCCCAGCACACAUCAGCCAACAAGUUCAAAUAUGAGCGUUUUUUCCGUUGUAACAGCACUCUGGUGGGCACUGUGUACGGUCCAAUCACCUUCUCGCCAGCCUCCGUCCUAAUGUUCAAGCAAAGAGUCAAUGGUAUGCAUGACCUCGUUGCAACCGGCUCUGUACUGAAGGCUGACCCUGACCGCAUCAUCGUCAAGAGAAUUAUCCUGAGUGGCCAUCCCUUCAAAAUCCUGAACAAAACUUCCGUGGUGCGCUACAUGUUCUUCAACCGAGAGGAUGUGCUGUGGUUUAAGCCAGUGGAACUUCGAACAAAAUGGGGACGAAAGGGUCACAUCAAGGAGCCUUUAGGGACUCACGGACACAUGAAAUGUUUGUUUGAUGGCCAGCUGAAAUCCCAGGAUACUGUGCUGAUGAGCUUAUACAAGCGAGUUUUCCCAAAAUGGGCAUAUGAUCCCUACGUUCCGAGCCCAAUACCUUGGGAGCGAACUGAAUCUACUGUCAAUGUGCUGGAGGUUGAGAUGGAUUAGAGUGUCCAGCCAGAUUUCUUCCUCUGUGCCUUUUAUUUUAAAAGUAUUCCAAUUCAGAAAAUGUUGG